GUCUCUGUCUUGAGCAGUCGCAGGGGGGUCAGUUUGUUUUUUCGCGAAGAAGGAAGAGGUAAUAUGCUCUAGGCUCAACGAAGCGCAGAGAGCUUUUCCAGUGUGACCUCUAGAGGUCUAGUUUGUGGAAACUUGAAGUUGAUCGCGGAAGGAUCUGCUCGUGAUCGUCAGUAGUGUUCCGGACGUCACGGAGUGAGCAGCUACAACUCAGCCUUUGGAGCAAAAGUGUUUGAGUCCUUUGGUGAAGGAACAAAAAUUUCGAAUAUUUUUUUGGUGCAAAACUGUUGGUUUCCCGUUGAUGAAACGAACAAGUUUAGUGUAAUCGGUGAAGUGAGAAGAAACAAAAUACUCAAGCAAAAGAUUUCCCCAAUCGAUCAUCGCCUUUGUCUAGGAAGCGAGAGGAUCAUCGACUGAACCGAAGUCAGUUGGAUUUUUGCUGGUCAUAUUUCAAAUGUGGUGACAAAACGUUCUCGUCGAUCGAUCGCGUGUGUUCGUGUUUUCUGUGUCGUCUAUCUGUUUAAGCCCAAGUAGCUGGUACUAGCGAAAAAAAAAGCAAGCUCAAAACCGCCGGUUCGGUUAAAGUACGUUAAUUAAAACAAACCCCGUCGAAAAUGAACAAACAAUUCCCGCAACGUCAAGAGCUGACGGCGUCGGUGCCGGUCAAGCUGCUCACCGCCGGAACGGCCGCCUGCAUCGCAGAUUUCAUCACAUUCCCGCUGGACACGGCCAAAGUGCGACUGCAGAUCCAAGGAGAGCAACCGGCCCCCUCGGCAGCACUGAAGCCCACGGCGUCCGGCAUCUCAUCGCUGAAGCUCAACCCGUCAAUCAAUUUGGUCCAGCACGUCCAGUAUCGGGGGCUCGUCGGGACCAUCACCACCAUCACACGCCAGGAAGGCUUCCGGACGUUGUACAAUGGACUCUCCGCCGGACUGCAGCGCCAGAUGUGCUUCUCGUCGAUUCGACUGGGGCUGUACGACAGCGUUAAGACGUUCUACGCGUCGAUUAUUAAAGAAAACGAAGCCGGCCUUCAGAUCUUCACGCGCAUCUGCGCCGGCCUGACUACCGGUGGCCUCGCGGUCAUGCUAGCCCACCCGACGGACGUGGUCAAGGUGCGCUUCCAGGCGGCAACGCGCUCCUCGACGGGCCGUCGGUACACCUCAACGCUUCAAGCGUACCGGACGAUUGGCCGCGAGGAGGGUGCGCGCGGUCUGUGGAAGGGCGCCCUGCCCAACAUUGGCCGGAACGCGAUCAUCAACGUGGCGGAGAUUGUGUGCUACGACGUGGUCAAGGACUGUCUGCUGCAGUAUACGACGAUUCCGAAUGACGUGCGGUUGCACUUUUCGGCGGCGGUGAUUGCUGGCUUUGCGGCGACGGUGGUGGCCUCGCCGGUGGACGUGGUCAAGACGCGGUACAUGAACUCCCCGAAGGGACAGUACCGGGGGGUUGUUGAGUGUGCCAUCAAGAUGGGGAGGAAGGAGGGAUUUUUGGCUUUUUAUAAGGGAUUCGUGCCUUCGUUUGCGAGACUCGUUUCGUGGAACGUGAUUAUGUGGAUCACGUACGAGCAGUUCAAGCUGGUCAUGUUCAAACCGGCGGAGCCAGCGGAACGUCGUUAACGUAGAGAGUGGUUGGGAGCUGUGAGCUUAGACUUAGGUACAAAUCAAACGAGGGAGAUUUCGAAGAUCCACUUUUUUAGAAACGCAAAUUGUGAUUAAGACGGCCUUACUAGCAUGUAAGAGAAU